AUGGUCAGUGAUCACACACCUUGUCAAUAUUACCAAGAUGAUCCCUAUGCAAACAACUCGUGGCCGGACGGGCGAACUCACACCAAAAGGCUAGCACCGUAUGUACGAAACGGGCUGACAGUUGCGGCACCGAUACGGCCAAUGGCUGGGAGUGUCGCCCAAAACAAUAUACCAAAGGAGCGCAUCCGUGAACCGGUGUCUGGAGAGCGCGUACGCCGUGUCCGCCGGUAUGUAUCGACCGGAGGGCCGGUGGGUAUGGGACCGACCGCUAGAGUUGGCCCACUUGUGGCAACCGAUGGCCGUACAGACAGUGCCCACCGUUAUAAACCCACUGUUGACAUCAUUGACCAUGUCGAAUAG